AUGUUUUCUUCACUUUUAAGAUCUAAAAAGCGUAGAACCACAACAACAACAACAACGGAAACUUAUAGUACAACACCUAAUUUAGAGGAUUAUGACAAUAACACAUUAACUAAUAGUACAACAACAGUAACUUAUAGCACAACAGAAAGUGUUUUUAUUAAUGUAGCUUCAAAUGUCGAAUUUAAUGCUUGUAAAAGGAAUAAUAAUAAUUAUUAUUUAAACUUUAUUUUGGUUUUGAUAUUCAUAAUAAGGAUGCUUUGAUGUAUAUAUGAAUCAGGGAUGGGCUUUUUUCGAAUUCGAUCGCCCGCAGAAUUCCUCCCUUUUCACUUUUUUCAUUCAACAUCCGGUCUGUUACUUUUUUUGUUCCGCUUUUUCCUUGCACUUGUUUAAAACGGCCAAACAAAGCCCAUCCCAGGUAUACAAUCCAAAUAUUUUA